AUGUCGUCAAGGGGCAGGGGCUAUGGCGGACGAGGAGGCGGGUACAGUGGACGUGGCGGUGGCUACAGAGGCUCGUACCGCGGCAGCAACCCCCGGGGCUCAUAUGAAGGUCGUGGCGGCGGCCGUGGUGGAGGCGGCUACUCCUCAUACAAUAAUGAGUCUCGCUACAACAACAGCAGCAGCAACCGUUACUCGUCAAGUCGUGACAGAAUUGACGAUUCAUACAAGAAAUCAUAUAGAUCUGACAACUCGACAAGCUAUUCUGCUCGAGAAUAUGGAGGAAGAUCAGGCUCGCCUGAACGUAAGAGAAUGAGAAUGGAGAGUUAUGUACAGGGGUCCUCGAGCGAUAGACGUAGCCAUGACGGCGGCGGCCACUAUGGAAGCUCGUAUGGCGGUAGACAAGAUAGUUACAGCAGCGAGAGGAGAUCUUUCGGCGGCGACGACAGAAGACGGUCUCCGAACAGAGAAACCUACCGCAAGCCCAGCGGCAUGGGCCCGCCUCGAGAGCCGCCUCGAACGAGUGUGCGUUCGCGAGCGCCUCGGCGCUCGUUCCGAGGCCGCACGUUACGCUCACGCGCCACAUAUCGUGGCGCGCCGCGCUCUCGCGGUUCAUUUUCCUCUAGGCGAUUCGGCGAUAGAUCGCUCGGUUACACCCGUGCGUUCAGAUCUAUCAAGGGGCGAAGCCCCGUGAAAUCUAAAGAGGAUGAGGCAUCUUCUACUGAAGAAGAUUGGGAUGCAGAUGAGAAGGAGGAAGUUGCUGAAGAAAAAAAGGAGUCCAAGGUCAAGUCGCCCAAGCCUGAACCUGAAGGUUCGGAGCCAGACGAAGACGCGGGUGCUGGCGGCGAAGACACUGACAAGGAGGGGGAUGCUGCCUCUGAUGCACCGGCGCCUCGCGCGCGCCCUUACGUGCACCUUGCUUGCGUGCACUGCAAGGAAAAAUGCCGGACUUUUGCUGGCUACGCGAAGCACCUGAUGUCCACAAAGCAUCGUAUGGCGAUGAGCGGCGUGGCGCGGCGGCACAAGGCGCAGCUGCUGCGCAUGCGCGUGGCGCAGCGCGGCGCGCAACGCGAACUGGAGGCGGGUGCAGGCGCUGAGCUGGCAGCGCGCACCACCUUCUGUCUGAUCUGCCGCCUCAACCAUCGCACCACGCGCCAGGCACACAACCUCACCGACACACACCGCGCCAUGCGUCGUUUUCUCAUGCCCUUCUGCCGCAUUUGCCGCAUCACUUUCCGCUCGCCCAUGAUUUAUGAACACCAUAUCUGCUCUUUAGAGCAUCUUAAGCGGAAAGCGAGCCAGUCAGCUCGACGCGUCAGUCCAAAAGCUGAGGGCAGUGGAGACGAAGGAAUGGAUGUCGAUUUGGACAACUUUAUGACUCUUGAUUCUGUAGGAGAUGUAGACGAAGUGGAAGAUGAUGACUCUGGUGGUGAAAAGAAAGAUGAAGCUGCACCAAAGAAACCUAAAGUGGAGAUAAACAUUGGUAAUGAACACAUUAAGAAACUGGAGGUAUUGUGGUGCGAACUUUGCCGCGUCUACUUGCCGCGCGCGGAGGCUGGUGGCGCUGAAGAAGCGGAAGUCUUACGGCGUCACUGCCGUUUGCGCAUUCAUUUAAGUCGUUACGUGCAACAUCGCGAUACGCGCACGCUACGUAAGCAGGCUGAGCGCAUCCAUCGCCAGCUGCAUCAGCAGAAAGAGGACGAGAAGGAAACUCCUGAGGAAGGAGAUAAAAUCAAAACUGAGAAGCCAGACCCAACUGAGGACACAAAGAAAUUGGAAAAUGGCACUGAUGCUGCCAAUGUGUCAGGGAGUGAAGAUAAGAUGUGGGCAGAUGUUGACAAGGAUCUGGGCGAAUUGCUGAGUGAGGUGGAUGCUCAGGCCAAUGAGGGAAGUGAUGAUGAAGAGGAUUUGGGCAGAUACGACAAGUUCCGCAAAAGUGAUAAGAAACCCAAGACUGGUGACGGCGAAGAAAGCGAAACCAAUGUAGCUGAGAACACUAACGAAAAAACCAAUGUUGAAAUUAAUACACCUGCUUAGAUAUUAAUUAAUUGGUAUGUAUUAGUGACAUAGUAAAGUCAACAUUAUUAUAGUUUUACAAUUAUGUAUAUUUACGUUGUAAUGGAAUUAGAAGCAGUAACACGUAUUGACUAAUAGGACUA